GAUGAUGGGCGCAGCGAGGAAGAUGGCGACGGUGGUCGUCUUUGGCCUGCUUAUCACCACUGUCUCUGCAGGAAGAGUGAGUAUGCUCUCCUCUCCAACAUCCGCUGAGCAUCUGGGACGCUCCUCACUUGCCUCGGCCACCACUUCCUCAAGCAGACCAAAAGAAUCUACAGUUCGUAUUGAUUCUGUGGUUGGCUGCAGUCCAAAGGAAGUGGCAAGAGAACUGGUAAUCAAUUGCCGCGAGCCUGUCAACGCUCCAAUGCCAAUUGAGGCUUGCUGUGCGGUCGCUGUCGGCACUGUUGGAAGGCCCUCGUGCUACUGCUUGGUCAAGGAGGAGGCUGCCUUUGGGAUGUCGCCGCUUUUCAACAUCAGCAACAUGGCGCAGCUGCUGGCCAGAUGUGGCGCGUCAAUCUACUUAAACAAGUCCCUCAACAACCGAUGCGAUCGGUCAUACGAUGAGAAGGAAACAGCCGAGUGCACAUCGCCUCAGAUGACACCCAGGACAGACAGUUGCAAGACCGCCAAGGUGUCAGGUUAUGUUGCCUGGAUACUGGCCGCUGUGUUGGCUGGGUUCUUGGUUUGCAAGGUAUGUUGCCAACCAGCACCGGCAGCACAAGUUGUGUACAUGCCAGAGAUUCAGUUGGUGAGGCCUAGAGGAAACUGCAAUGAAGACCAGGGACCGAGAGCAUCUGACGCAGGGGCUGGAACCAGUGGUAGUGAUUCAUCUGCUACAAACUCUGAAGAUGGUGAAGAUACCGUUUCGCAUACAAGUCAGGACCUCAUCCUAGAAGGGAAGAGGAACCGCAACCCGAACCCGAGGUUCGUUGGAGGUCCAUGGGUUAAGAAGUGAAUGAUAAAGGCGAAGUAUGCUACUUGAAAUAUGCUGAUGGCUUGCUGUUGACGGAGAAAAUCUUGUCUUGGUACUGAUUGUAUGAUCGAUUUUGGAGUACCAGCGAUACCAUUUUGCUAUGCACAUGGUCUUAGAAUAUUGCUGUAGCUUAAGAUUCCUCCCUUGUUGAGAUAACACAGCGCCUAUGCGUCAUAUUGCAUUCAGGUGGGGAUUUGUGAUUCUCA